UCCAGGAAGUAAUGUGGAAAGUGCGCUAAUUUGAAACAUGGUCGAAGCGCCGAGCUUUUUUAAACAUUGAGACACGAAUGAGAAGACGUUGCAGCCCUUUUUUCCUCGCCUUUGUUACGUUUCCUGUCUGAAAAUAGUAAGUAAACCAACAAAACGUCACCGUGGAGUCACUGAGUCUGUUUAGCUGAUUGGAGAGCUAGCUACGUAGCUAGCGGGUCCGUGACAAGGACUUCUGUUUUGUUUGAUCAGCUGUUUUACUGCGGUGUUACAGACACCACUUGGGAACAAUUAAGCUGCAAACACUCCCACUCCUCACUUCACUUGGACCUUUCCCUUGUCCUCCUCCUCUCAGGAUCCCUGCUGGAUUUAUCCCGCACCCUGGUCGCUUUUGUAAGAAAGAAGGGAGAAAAAAAGAAGAAGAAGAAACAACGACCACCGCCGGCAGGAUUAGAAUCGUGGAAGCUUGUGGAGGACAUUUGUUCAGUGGGCGACAUGAGGGAAGGCGGAAUAAAGCCUGCAAAGUGUGCGAGAGGCUGAUCACGCUGCUGUCUCAUCCACCACACUGACUUUGGAAGCAGCGCCACUAUGGCGAAGUGGCUCAAAGACUACCUGAGUUUCGGCAGCAGGAAGGUACCGCCUCAGCCUCCCACGCCGGACUACACAGAAAGCGAGAUCCUAAAAGCCUACCGCCUCCAGAGGGAACUUGACUUUGAGGAUCCGUACGAAGACCCAGAAAACCGGUCCAGGGCCGAAUUGGGAACGUCAGAGCCCGCCACCCCAGUGUAUGGCUCGCCUAUGAAGUCCUCCAACGCAGAUGUCAAAUCCCCCAAACACAGACUCAUCAAAGUGGACUCCCAGGACCUGGGCCGCACCAAGAUCCUGCUGAGCGCAAUCUCCUUAGAUGACCAGCAAGAACCUGCCGUGCCGUCUGCUCCACUGGCAGGGGACACCGAUUAUUCCGACCCGUUUGAUGCCCGGUCGGACCAUCGACCAGAACCAGAUGUGAGACCGGUUCCCUCUGAGAGCAAUGGCUACAUGGAACCUUACGAGGCCCAGAGAGUCAUAACAGAACUGCAGCGCGGCCCCGCAGGAGGAGGAGGCGGAACAGGACAGAAACGGGGCGGUCUGCAGCUGUACGACACCCCGUACGAAGACGGGCGAGGCCGACAUCCGGGCUUCCUGUUCGGCGAGAUCCUGGAGGAAGGCAAGGAGAACAGCAGGCUGCCGCAGGAUGACGAAAGACCGGCGGACGAGUACGACCAACCCUGGGAAUGGAAGAAGGAUCACAUCUCCAAAGCUUUCGCAGUGCAGUUUGACGGGCCAGAGUGGGACCGCUCCUCGUCGCCCACGGAGCGCCUGCGUCCAACGGGGCCCUGGUCCAGCCCGCUGGCGGGCGGGGGGGUGAAGUUUCGGAUGCCCCAGGAGGGCCUCACCAUGGUGGGGGAGAGAGUGGACCCCACCCUACCCCUGGAGAAGCAAGUGUGGUACCACGGUUCUCUGUCACGGUCCGAAGCAGAGUCUCUGCUGACGCUGAGUAAAGAGUGUAGUUACCUGGUGAGGACCAGCCAGACCAACCGAUGCGACUACUCACUAUCUCUACGAGACUGCAUGUUCCGCCUCCUCUCCUCCCUGCGCCAUCUUGUCUCUCUCUCCCCGCCUUCACCCGAGGCUUCUUCUUGUGGUCCCAGGAGCUGCCAGGGCUUCAUGCACAUGCGGUUCAGCCAGUGCAAGGACGGCAGGUUCGUGCUGGGACACACCAGCCCGCCCUUCCACUCCAUCCCCGAGCUGGUCCACUUCUACACCACGCACAAGCUCCCCCUCCGCGGCGCCGAGCACCUGUCGCUGCUCUUCCCCGUGCUGGUGCAGACGCUCUGACCCUGGGCCGGGGACCCGGGACUCCUCCAUUAAAGUGAUUCCUCCCAGGUCCUGUUCAAGUGGACCUGCUUAUCUUCCACCUGCCGAGUCCAGGUACUGAGUGGCAGAAAAAUGCAAGUCCUGAACACUCUGAGCUGGAAGCAGACUGCAGGACAUCAGAAAUUGUCAUUUCCUUUUUUAUUUCUUCCAAGAGAAGUCAGUGACAGCUGGAAAGAAGAAGUUGGGAUAUUUUUUAGGCUCCGUCUGCAAAAGAACUGAACUGUUGUUUCAGCAUAAGCACCUGGUUAACUAACACUGGUCAUGUCCUCUUUUUCACCUUUGUACUCCAAACACUCACAUGACAAUAAAGGAUGAAGUGGACAUCCUUUUUGUAUUUAACAAAACACGUUUCAAGGAUCUUACUUUGUUAGAUUUGUAGUACCAGAUUUUCCCAUAUAUUAGCCG